CUUUUGUACACCACGAAGUGCACCACUUUCCAUUACAGUUCACGCAGCUUCUUUGGAUAAAGUCACAACUGGCCGGUCCCGUCGCCGAAGCACUCUCAUCAGCGAGUAGGCGGAAGCAACCCAUCACACAACAUGUCCUUUGAAGGGUUGCAGGAGCGCCUGACGGCCCUGCAAGAGACCACGGCCCAGCUUAAGGAGCUUAUCGACAGGCUUCAGAACCUCGAUUUCCAACCGGGAUCGGUGCCCCUUGGCGCGGACGAGGAGAACGGUGUCGGUGCGGAGCUGAGCUCGGAGAUUAGCCAGAUUCUCAGGGAGGAGGAUGACGAGCUGGAGCUCCUCGGGGAGGAGGUCGAGGACCUCAGGGAUGGGAGGCCGGGAAGCGAGGCGGAGCAUACCAAGACCCGUCUAAAGGAUGGCGUGGAGAGGCUGAGGCAGGAACUCAAGAGUUCACGAGUCACCUUCCGAAAGGCGCAGCUUACCGCGAGGCGCAAUCUUUCCCAUGCGCAGCGUCUCGAGCGCGAACUCCUGCUCCAGUCCUACUCGCAGCCCGUCUCCGAAGCACCCUCCCCGUCCCUCGGCGCUCAAAAGCCGGACGUGAUCCGCCACCGACAGGUGCACCAGACCACCCAGAACACGAGCUCGCUGACCGAGGACGACAAGCAAACGGUCGGCGCAAGCAGCAACGUCACGAGUGCGCUGCGGCGCACGCACGACCUCAUCGCGGCGGAGCUGGCCCGCAGCGAGUUCGCGCACCAGACCUUGACGGAGUCGUCCGCAGCGCUGGCGCAGCUUAAUGACUCGUAUGGUUCGCUCGACACGAUGCUCGCGAGCUCGAAGGACUUACUGGGCACCUUACUGCGCUCGCAGAAGAGCGAUACUUGGUACCUGCAGACGGCGCUUUACAUGCUUAUGGCGACGGGCGCGUGGUUGCUGUUUCGGAGGCUAUUGUACGGGCCAUUGUGGUGGCUGCUGUGGCUGCCAUUACGGCUGAUGUUUAACAUCACAGUCGGCGGCGGCGGGGCGGUGAUCAAGUAUGCAGGGUCUGGGGAGCCGUCGGAGGCGGUGGUGGUGAACGAGGGCAAGAUUGAUGUCGAGGGCUUGCCGGAUGACUCGCUGCCCACCGUGGUGGUCGCGCGGGAGCCGCAACGAUCGGCGGCCGGUGGAGACGAUCCCGAGUCGCUGGUUGACAAGGUGGGUAGAAUUGUGGAGGAAAUGCCGGCGGAGAUCGGCGAGGAGACGACGCCAGACGAUGGAGACCCGGUAGACGUCGGAGCUGCCGUUGACCAGACGUCCAGCGACGAGCUGAAGCAGGGGGCGCAAGAGGAGACAAGGCAGCGUGACGAGCUGUAGGCUAGGCGACAGAGUAUCAUGGGCCGGCUAGGGCGAAACUCUCUAGCGAUUUUGGUGAAAGAAGAAACACCAUCACAUGGACAAUCACCUUGAUCUCCGUAUUUCUGUUGUUCGGCUGGAAGAUGGUGGCUACUUGACUAGAAAGCCAAGUCCCAUUGGCCACGGACUAUUGCAAGCUUGGAAAGAGUCGAGUCCACAGUUUCUUUGUUCUUCCACCAUGUAGCAUUCCAGGAGAGAGACCAGGC